UUCUUUCCAUGCGCAUGGAAGCGGGGAGGCUCAGGUACUCGCGCAGAUGGCUGUGGGCUCGAUCGAGCAUUCGCAAAAAUGGCAUGGAAAUGAAGCCGAUGUGCCACGAGCACGUCGAGAAUUUCAGCAUGGAGCCACACAAAGAAAAUUUGCCAUCCAGCGAUCUGAGCAGUGACAGAGUAGCAGCCGAUCGAGAGUCAACGCCAUGGAAGAAGGAACUUUGGUUCUGUGGAGCAUCCCGAGAAAGGACUCUGAUGUCGAAAGCAUAAGACGAUAGAGCGCAAGUCAUCGGCAUUGUGAAUGCAGCCCGGGCGAUGUGGUAUUUCUGUUCGUAGGCCGGAUCCAUCGCUGCUCGAAAAACAUAGGCACUGUGCCUCGACGUCGGUAGAUCGACCGCCUACGAGAUCGACGAGCACUCGAGGAUUUGUGCUCGAAUCGGCGGUUGCUGCUGCUGCUGGGAGGGAGCCGAGCUUCUAUCCACGAUGGAACCUCCACCCGAGGCCGACCCGAUGGCAGAACAAACGAGGCAAUUUGAUAGAUUGGGCGAGUACGUGUACGAGCUCCAGCACGAGGAUGACCCGGAGGCCGUGAUCGUGUUCUUCCACGGCCUUUUGAUUCAGGAGACGGACACGGGCCACGCUUUCUGGAGCACGUGGACGAAGCGAAAUAAACCUCUCGAAUGCUGGCCCGUGACGAUGCUUCCGGAAUUUUUGCAAAGGAGGGCGAAUCGUCCUCCUCGCCCUUUCAGAAUUCGUGUGCUCGCGGUCUCGUACGAGGGACGGACGAGCGUGCAUCCAGACAUCGGGACGGUCGGGACCGACAAGUACCUU